AUGAUGGCUGGAUACGAUCCCUCCGCAGCGGCGGCUGCUUCUGAAGAUAUGGAUGAGGAUGACGAAUUGGAGGCUUGGAAACAGGUUCAUCAACAACUCAUCAAUGCCGUGUUGAUUUCACGAGACGCCAUCUCCAUCCAAAAAUCCCAACGACAGUAUUGGUUGACCGAGCUAUCGGCCAAUUUGACCCCGGAAGGCAAAUUGACGCCUUCGUCCUUGUGGAAGCGUCCUUCCGGUCGUAAAAAGAAAGGAAAGGCUGCGGCUGCCAAGAAAAAAGGACGACGCAAAAAGGAGACCGAGACCAAGCCGCCUCCCGUCAAAAAGCGCAAAUAUACCAAGCGAGCCAAGAAAAAGGAAGAGGAAGAAGAGGAGGAGGAAGAAGAAGUGGCCGCGCCCGUCAUGGAAGAAGAAGCGUCGGACCACGAUGACGACGAUGAAGAGGAAGAAGAAGAAUUCGUAGGACCUCCGGGCAAACACUUGAGGUUGUUGAAGGGAGAUGAAGAUGACGAAACGGAAGAAGAAGAUGAAGAUGACGACAAUACACAUGGGGAAGAAUCCUUUUUGAGUGGAAACGGUCCAUCGGGAAGUGCAGGAGGAGGUCCUGGCUCGUCACCUACAGGAGGAGGAUUCUCUUCGUUUCUUCCGGGUUCACAGUUCCCAUCCUUUUAUGAUGAAAUGCAGGAAGAUCAGCAAGGUAAUGAUCACUUGAUGGAUCAAUCUGGAGGAUUCGCGGCAAUCCCAGAACAAGACGAUGACUCGGAUGAUGACACUGAAGAGGAUGACUACUAA